AGCGGGCGCCGGCGCGCUUCGUCGACUCGGGUCGGGCGAGAGCGAUGCCGCUGGAUUUGUGCAAGACGCCAUGGAACGUUCAGAAGAUUUGCGAAGAGGCAACUAUGAAGGAGCUCAACGCCGACCUCCAGCGCGCUGUGCGCCAAGGCGCGUCGGUGCCCCGGGAGUACCGCCUACAGGCGCCCGGGGAGGAAGUGGAGCUCACCGGCAUGCGGCGCCACGAUGCUCUGCGCCUGGACCAAACGGAACGAACGGCCGGGCCGGGGAGGUCCUGAGCCGGGUGGCAGAUGAUCAGGGCUUUUUGCUGGUGCGUGUCCAGCUGCCGGAGGGCGCCAAGAACAUGAAGAUCCAGCCGCGAUGCCUGAAGCCCAUUAGGCAUCCCAAGGACGGCCGACCUCGUGGGGGGCGCUUGACAGGCUUUGUGGAUAUGUACCACGAUCAUCCGGAGGCUGCUGCUUCUGUGGUCUCCUCCCGGCCCCCCACGGCGCGCUCCGCGCUGAGCGCUGCGGCCAGCAGUGUGCUGCGACAGAAUCCAGCCGAAGAAACCAGCCGCUUGGUUUGACUCGCAGAACCAGGUAAGCUGAUUGCUUCCGAGGGGAGCGGAUAGUCUGGUCAAUACGGCCAGUUCGCCAUUAGCUGCGUGGGCGGGUUAGCUUUCCGGCGCCUCUGGCUGUCCGAGAUUGAGUCAA